UCUUUAUAAAUAUGCAUGCUGAAAUAUCAGCAACAUAACCAUUCAAAGAGUAAACACUAAACAGCAGAAGAAUAGCAAUCUCUGCAUAUUCUUCUUGAGAAAAAAAUGGGCGCAGGUGGGCGUAUGUCCGCUCCCUCUAGUGUCAAAAAAACCGAAACUGAGGCGCUCCGACGAGCGCCUCAUGAGAAACCACCGUUCACAAUAGGUGACCUCAAAAAGGCCAUUCCUGCACAUUGUUUCGAAAAAUCCCUGGUGACUUCAUUUCGGUAUCUCAUUCAAGAUCUCAUCAUGGCCUAUGCGCUCUACUAUGCGGCUACUAAUUACAUCGACCAGUAUCUCCCGAGUCCGGUUAAUUACUUAGCCUGGGCGGCUUACAUUGCUGUCCAGGGCUGCGUUUUAACUGGCGCUUGGGUUGUAGGCCAUGAGUGUGACCAUGAUGCGUUUAGCAACUACGGCUGGGUGAAUGACCUUGUUGGCCUAAUUGUGCAUUCGUCUCUCCUGGUCCCGUAUUUCUCAUGGAAGAUUAGCCACAGGCGUCACCACGCCAACACCCAAUCACUUGAAAAUGAUGAGGUUUAUGUCCCGAGAUUCAGGUCCAAUAUCAGGAAUUACUACAAAAUUCUCAAUAAUCCACCAGGCCGCGUAAUUGUGUGGGUGAUCACACUUCUCAUAGGCUUUCCUAUUUACCUUAUGUUCAAUGUUUCGGGGCACAAGUACGAGAGGUGGACUUCCCAUUAUGAUCCUCAUAGCCCUCUUUACACCGAACGUGAAAGGAAGCAAAUUAUUGUUUCUGAUGUUGCAAUUCUUGCAGUCAUCUAUGGACUCUACCGUCUCGUGUUACUUAAAGGCUUUGCCUGGGUGUUUUUUGUCUACGGAGGUCCAUUGCUAGUUGUUAACGGAUGGUUCACGUUGAUCACAAUCCUGAAUCACACUCAUCCUUCUGUGCCUUACUACGAUUCGAGUGAAUGGGACUGGUUGAGGGGAGCUCUGUGCACAGUGGACAGAGAUUACGGAAUCUUGAACAAGGUGUUCCACAAUGUGUGCAAUGCUCAUGUUUGUCACCACAUUUUCUCCAUGAUCCCGCAUUACCAUGGACUCGAAGCAACAGAAGCCAUGAAGCCUGUGCUUGGGGAUUACUAUCAGUACGAUGGGACUCCGAUUCUUAAGGCCAUGUACAGAGAAAUGAAGGAGUGCAUUUAUGUUGAGAAAGAUGAAGGCGAGACUAAAGGUGUCUACUGGUACAGAAAGGAGUUGUAGGUUUGAAGUGGUGGAUAUGCACUCUGUGGGGAGAUGAUCCCUGAUUUGUAAUUGCAUUGUCUUUCCUAAGUUUCUCAGUGUUGUUUAAUAGGGGUGGAAACCAUUACUCAAUGCAAUAAAAUGAAAUUCUAUGCA